UAGACGUCAUCAAUAUGCGCCUCUAGCUUACCUUACGGAGGCUGUCACACGACCUUUCCUGCUACCUCUCUGUCAUGUUUGUUGCUGUAACUUUGAGUUUUUAAAUGUAAAAGGGAUAAAAAUUUCUGCUCGUAGAAUAAGAAGAAAAGAACAUGCUUCGUUUCUCCUGUUUGGUUUUCAGCAGAGGAGCGGCUCGAAGGUUUGCCUCAUCUUUCUCCAGUGACACCGCUCUCCCUCCAAACUUACGCCUUCCCUCUAAUCUUGUGGAUCCUGACAGAUUAAAGCGUCCUCCACCUUCAGAAGACUCCUCCCUUCCUCUAAUCAGGAAGUGCGAUGCGGCACUUCCUGCUCACCUGAGCCCUGUGCGGACGUGGGUGGAUACUCUGGAGAGUAAGGACAGCGAACCGUUGGGUCUGACUGAGCUCCACCCUGAUGUCUUUGCAGUGACUCCAAGGCUUGAUAUUCUACAUGCUGUUGAAACCUGGCAGAGAAAUUACAAAAGAAUUAGUCAUGCUAGCACAAAGGUGAGGUCAGAGGUGCGAGGCGGAGGCAGGAAGCCAUGGAACCAAAAAGGAAGCGGAAGAGCUCGCCAUGGAAGCAUCCGAUCGCCGCUGUGGAGAGGAGGCGGAGUUUCUCAUGGGCCAAGAGGACCCAAAAGUUACUACUACAUGUUACCCAUGAAAGUACGAGUGCAGGGGCUGAAAGUGGCGCUAAGCUCCAAGAUGGCUCAGCAAUACCUUCACGUAGUGGACUCCCUAAACAUUCCCACGCCAGACUCCCAGUACCUGCUGGAACUGAUCAGAAGCAGACACUGGGGAGAGUCUGUGCUGCUGGUUGAUGUGUCUGAAGAGUUCCCUGAAAAUAUCCUCCAGGCUACAGAAAACCUAAAGACAGUUAACCUUAUUCCAGCCAUCGGUCUGAAUGUGCACAGCAUGCUGAAACACGAAGCCGUCAUCCUGACUCUGGACACGGUCAGGUUUCUGGAGGAGAAGCUCCUCUGGCACGACGAGCGUUACACGUUCCUUUACCCGUUAAAACUGCCGUACUCCGACUUCCCUUAGAACAACUGAUCUGUGACAAAUUCACUGACAUGACUGUUUAAUUUGUUUAUUAUGAAUGUCACAAUAAAUAUACUUGUAAAAAGUACAAAAACA